AUGGAUUUUUCUUCGGCCGGUAAUCCUUCAUAUAUCGAUGAAAUUCCAUCUAUGAAUAUUAGUACACCUACAAAAUCAGUGACAAUUAAUUAUAAACAAUUUAGUGAAGAAUAUUUAACGAUAUUUUCAACUUGGAAUGAUAAUGAACAGUUAUAUUUUGUUGAAAAUUUAUUAAAAAAUAUGCAAAGUCAUCAACAUGGACAAGUUAAUUCAUUUUUAUUACCAAUGUUACAAAGAGAUUUUAUUGGACGUUUAUCCUCAUGUGGUCUUGAACAUUUAGCAGAGAAAAUUCUUGGAUAUUUAGAUGAUCAAUCAUUAAAAUCAACAGAACUUGUUUGUCGAGAAUGGUAUCAUGUUAUAUCUCAAGGUAUGCUAUGGAAAAAAUUAAUAGAACGUAAAGUUUUAUCAGAUUUACUAUGGCGAGGUUUAUCUGAACGUCGUGCUUGGAAUAAAUAUCUUUUUCGACAAAUAUCAAUCAAUAAAGAUGAACAAAAACGUGAUGAAUUUUAUCGUUAUUUAUAUCCUCGUAUAUUACGUGAUAUCGAUCAACUUGAAGUCAAUUGGCGUACAGGAAAUUUUCAAUUAGAAAAAAUACCCUGUCGUUCACAAAACAGUAAAGGUGUUUAUUGUUUACAAUAUGAUGAUGAAAAAAUAAUUAGUGGUCUUCGUGAUAAUACAAUUAAGAUUUGGGAUAGAAAAACACUUGAAUGUGUUAAAGUUUUAACAGGUCAUAAUGGAAGUGUUUUAUGUUUACAAUAUGAUGAUAGAGUUAUUAUAACGGGUUCAUCAGAUUCUACAAUUCGAGUAUGGAAUGUUAAAACUGGAGAAUUACUUAAUACACUUUUACAUCAUUGUGAAGCUGUUUUACAUCUUCGAUUUAUUGAUGGUACAAUGGUAACAUGUUCAAAAGAUCGUUCUAUUGCUGUCUGGCAAAUGAAUUCGCCAACUGAUAUAACUAUACGUCGUGUACUUGUUGGUCAUCGUGCAGCUGUAAAUGUUGUUGAUUUCGAUGGAAAAUAUAUUGUUAGUGCUAGUGGUGAUCGUACAAUUAAAGUUUGGAAUACAACAACAUGCGAAUUUGUUCGAACACUUCUAGGACAUAAACGAGGCAUUGCUUGUUUACAAUAUCGAGAUAAAAUUGUCGUUAGUGGCUCAUCGGAUAAUACUAUACGUGUUUGGGAUAUUGAAUGUGGUGCUUGUCUUCGUGUACUCGAAGGACAUGAUGAACUUGUACGAUGUAUUCGUUUCGAUUCGAAACGUAUUGUUUCAGGUGCUUAUGAUGGUAAAAUAAAAAUAUGGGAUCUUCAAGCAGCAUUGGAUCCACGUUCACAACCAUCAUCACUUUGUAUGAAAACUUUAACAGAACAUACUGGUCGUGUAUUUCGACUACAAUUUGAUGAAUUUCAAAUUGUAUCAAGUUCACAUGAUGAUACCAUACUUUGUUUUAAUUUUCUUCAACCAAAAUCUAAUCAAUUAUGUUUAGCUGAUUCAAUUUCAACGAGUGCAUCACCUAUUUUAGGUAUUGGUCAAACUCAAAUAACAGGUUUUAUUCCAACUGAAUCUCCAGAUAAUGAAAUAUCAGGAACAAUAGCAAAUGUAUUACAAACACAAGCUUCUGUUGUAUCAACAACAUCAUCAUCUGGCUCAGGAAUUUGA